GGUGCAAGUUGAAUUCUAUAUGAAUGAAAAUACAUUUAAAGAGAGACUAAAGCUCUUCUUCAUCAAAAACCAAAGAUCAAGUCUGAGAAUACGAUUAUUCAAUUUUUCUCUCAAGCUACUAAGCUGUUUCUUAUACAUAAUUCGUGUGCUUCUGGAUGAUCCCACACAAGGACUUGCAUGUAAGGAAUUAAACUGGAGAUGUUCCAAUCAAAACUACACACCUGGAGCGAUUGAUUGGUCUCCUAUUAUUUGGGUGAAUCGAAGCUUGCCUUUAUGGGGAUUACAGGUUUCUGUGGCUUUAAUAAGUCUCUUUGAAACUCUGCUGCUGAGUUAUCUAAGCUACAAGGGAAAUAUCUGGGAACAAAUUCUGAGAAUACCUUUUCUCCUGGAAAUAAUUAAUGCUGUCCCUUUCAUCAUCACGAUUUUCUGGCCAGUCCUAAGAAACCUGUUUAUUCCUGUAUUUUUAAAUUGUUGGCUGGCAAAGCAUGCUUUAGAGAAUAUGAUUAAUGAUCUUCACAGAGCCAUCCAGCGCACACAGUCUGCAAUGUUUAACCAAGUCCUCAUUUUAAUAUCUACCUUAUUGUGUCUUAUCUUCACUUG